AUGGAUCCAUCACAUUGUAGUAAACCAACCGCCACUCAUCACACUGAAACCGAAGAAUACCAUGAGAAGAAAUCUCAUCGUAGAGAAGAGCUUGAUGAAGAAGACAAUGAAAAUGUUGAAGAAGAAUUCAACCUCCUCAAUCAAAAAUAUGGCCCAUUUACAGUGGACAGAUGCUUUCAACGAGGAUUGGAAUCAAGACAACAAUUACAUGGUUCCUCCUCUUUCCCUGAUUCCUCAAACCAUCUUGAAAAUCAUCAAGAACCAAGCGAAGGGUUUAUUGAUUAUUCCCAAUUGGAGCAGCUCUUGGUGGUAUCCACUACUGCUAAGAAUCUCAGUCAAGACAGAACCAUUUCAUCCAAAGAUGCUUAUCAACAAGCAAUCUUCAGAGCUAUUGAAAAACUCAAAAUGGACCGAGUUCUUAGCAAUGAAAGUGAACGGAGAACUCUAUUAACUGAAGGUUAUAGACGUCUUUGUAUUGAAACUGAAUAUUCCAGUAAUUACAUUUUCAAUCUAAGGAGAUGUUUUAAAAGAUAUCAAAAUUAUAGAUUUUGGUAUCAACUUCCGUUCACUUAUGAGUCCGGAGAAGAAUUUAUCUAUCAUGAAUUAGAUUCUGGAAAAGGUUGGGAAAUCCCUUUAAUCAAAACUUCUCUUUCCUUUUUCGCCUUUUUAUUGAAAAUUCCAUUUGAAUGGAAAGAAGAGAUUGAUUCUAUUAUUCGUGGAGCCAACAAAUUGUAUAAUAGAACCCAACGACAUACAAAAGAAAGAGAACCAUUAUUAAUUGAACACAUAUCCAGAUUCAAUUCUAUGUACAAUCCAAUUUCUCAAGAAGACAAAUUCGACAAGCUACUAAUUUUGGUAACUCUAGUCAUUGGUUUCAGAACACUUUUCAGACCGAGUGACUUGGCAUCAAUGAAAUGGUCUGAUGUUGAAGUGGAUAAACCUCAUUUUAACUGGAUUACCAUUAAAGAUUGGUGGUAUAAGACUGAUCAAGAUGGUAGGAAUCAUAAUGUAGUGGUUAUUGAACCUGCAAAGAACACUUUAAUAUGCCCAGUUGCAAUCAUUAAGCAGUACAUUGCUGAAGUUGAAAAUAUCAAACAUCCUAACAGUCCGUUCCUUUCUCAAAAGGAUAACUUGUUCUUAACAAGGGACGAUAUUUGCUAUUUUCUUAAAUUCCUUUGCAAGGUUCUCAAUAUCAAAGAUCACCUAACAGGCCAUUCAAUGAGAAUUGGUAGUGCAACCAAAAUUACACAAGAAGGUGAACAUUUUGAUAUUGUAGAGUUUGCUGGUAAUUGGAAUUCUCUAUCAUAUAGAGCUUAUAUUAAGAGUAUUGCUUUAGCAAACAGAGGUCUAUCCUCAACGAUUUUCAAAGAGAAUUCACAACCAAAUGCUCAAUCCUUGCACCCUCUGAACCAAACCAAUUUGUAA